AUGGCGGCAUUUCCUAGUUUUCCUCACAACUUCCGGCUCGUCGACAUGGGAGAAUUCGCAGGUUUUCGUCACAGUUUCCCGCAGGUUACCGAUGGGACCAAUUCCUCAAUCGGUUCACUUGUGUUCCCGCCACGGCGUAUGCACGGUGUUCAUGUGUUGCUCGUUGAGCGUCGCGCGGAUUUCGUCGCAAAUGGAAUUUCCAUGGUAGCAGAGAUUCUUAAGCAGUUCUCGUAUGAAGUGACUGUGGUGGAAAGUGCAAGCGCUGCACUGUUAAGCCUCUACCAUGGCAAGGAGAAAUUUGAUGUGUUAAUCGCCAACUUUUACCUACCAGACAAGGAAGUUAACGUUAAACUCCUCGAAGAAGCCAUUAAAAGGAAACUGCUUGUCGUCCAGAUUAGUGACGAAAAAGAUGAAAAUGGAGAUGAGGUGGCAAGGAGCGCUAUAGAACAAGGAGUGUUCCUUUACCUGGAAAAACCUUUUCCGGUAGACAUGUUGAAGUAUCUGUGGCAACAUGUGUAUAGGGAAAGAAGACUGAUGAAUCACAGUACUCAUCAGGCUUUGGAUAUAAGCAUGGUGGCAGAGACGUUAAUGAAUGGACAAAACAACAUUGUUUUCACCGACAAUCAGACUGCGACAGAAUUUGCAACGGAUUCAAACAACGUUAAUCUUGUGCCAACCAGGAGAAGAGGGGCCAAGUUUAAGUGGACUGAAGAGCUCCAUGCCAAAUUCAUGGAAGCCGUCAAUCAGCUCGGAGCAGGAAAUUGCUAUCCGAAGGAAAUAUCGGAGAUGAUGAACGUGCCAGGUCUGACAAGAGAAAAAAUUGCUAGUCAUCUGCAGAGGUGUCGUGACAACAAAUGGAGGCCAGUGGAGGAGCAUGGAAAUCGUCGCCGUUCACGAACAAUGCGAUCCACCUCUCAACCUAGACGCCCCCGUCACAAAAAGUUCGGGUUGAUGCCCACAGUCGAAGAAUUGGAAGCCAAUAAUAAUGGAAUCAUGCCCCCGCAAGCACAAAUUAUUGCUGCUGCUCCUCCUGCAAAUGCUGACAUUUCGUCGCAAAAUGGUGGUAAUAAUAAUAAUAAUGAGUUCGUAAGCUCAAUGACAGUAUCCACUAAUUCCGUCACUAAUAUUGAUGCAGGAAUACUUCAAGCUGUUCAAAGUUCAGCAGGCAUUAUUCAGGAUCUUCGCCUGUUGGGAGAAGUACAAACUCACCCAGUCGUCGCUGAUUCCGUCACUAAUACUGAUGUAGGAGUAUUUCAAACUGGUCAAAGUUCAGCAGGUAUUAUUCAUGAUCGUCCCCCAUUGGAAGAAGUACAAACCCACCCAAUCGUCGCUGAUUUCGUCACUAAUACUGAUGUAGGAGUACUUGAAAUUGGUCAAAGUUCAGCAGGCACUAGUCAUGAUCCAUAUCGUCCCCAGUUGGAAGAAGUACAAACCCACCCAGUCGUCACUGAUUCUCUGAACAUUGACGAAACAGCUUUUGUGAAUUCGUCGCCAAUCCCCUGGCAGUUCGACGAUGGACUGAUGUUUGAUGACCUGCUGAAUAUCCCGGAGGGAAUGUUACCUCGGAUAUUCUUCGGCAGACAACUAAAUUUUCCUUUUUAA